CUAUGCGGAGCCCCGCAGGGGAGCGGCGGACGGUGGAGCAGGAGCAGGGCGAGAUGCUGCCCCUCUCCAUGGGAGCAGCCCUUUCGGCAUCUGGCUUGUCUGUGAUGCAGCCGACUGCUGAGACCUCUGAUGAUUUAGCAAUCAUCGAAGAGUUAAUUAAGGAAGAUGGAUUUGUGCUGGAGCCAUCGUCGCGUCUGUCCAGGGACUCUGUUAACGGGCCGGCCAAGCUGAUCCCCCGGUGUUCUGGUUUAGCAUCACCAUCCGGGAUGCAGAGACCUGCUGAGCCAGCAGGGAUGAGCCUGGCGCAGCUUGGCUUGGAGCCCCUUGGGAACCCCUGCUCGGCAUCUCAGCUCUCCCAGAACCUUAAUAACUUGACGCUCACGCCGCAGUUGGUUGCCAGGGGGACGUCUCUCCCAUUGCUCCCUGGCAGAGGAUGCCCAAAGAUUUCCUGGCCCUCUUCCUCUUGUCCCACGAUGGACGACAUCGUCCUCACACCCCCUCAGCUGGUGAUCACGGAGCAGCCCAAGCAGCGAGGGAUGCGCUUUCGUUACCAAUGUGAAGGCAGGUCGGCGGGAAGCAUCUUGGGUGAAUGCAGCACGGAUACCAACAAAACAUUGCCAGCCAUUGAGUUGCAGAACUUCGAGGGGAACCCAGAAGUGAAGGUGACAGCGUGUUUGGUGUGGAAAGACUGGCCUCACCGGAUACACCCUCACAGCCUGGUGGGGAAGGACUGUCACGACGGGCUCUGCGAGGUGGUAAUGAAGCCCCGAAUUAACCCUAAGCACAGUUUUAACAACCUCGGGAUCCAGUGCGUGAAAAAGAAGGACAUCGAGGAUUCCAUAGAGAGAAAACUACAGCUUGGGAUUGACCCUUUUAAAGCGGGCUCUUUAAAGAACCACCAGGAGGUCGACAUGAACGUGGUCCGGAUCUGCUUUCAGGCUUCUUACCAGGACGUCACGGGAGAGACGAGGCAUCUCAGCCCUGUCCUUUCGGAGCCCAUCUUUGACAAGAAAUCCACGAACACGUCGGAGCUGAAAAUCUACCGGAUGAAUAAAGGCUAUGGCUCCUGCGCGGGUGGGGAAGAGCUCUAUUUACUGUGCGACAAAGUCCAGAAAGAAGACAUUUCCAUCGUCUUCCGGAAGGAUGCGUGGGAAGCCAAGGCUGAUUUUUCACAAGCCGAUGUUCACCGCCAGAUUGCCAUCGUCUUCAAGACACCACCCUACCAACAUUUGGACAUUGCAGAGCCGGUGGAGGUAGAGGUGUACCUGAGGCGCUUGACGGACAAUGUUUCCAGCGACCCUUUUAAUUUCCUCUACUGGCCCAAAGACAAUGAUACAUACCGAGUGAACAAGAAGAGAAAACAAGGCAUGCCCGAUGUCCUGGAGGAGCUCUCAGGCCCAGAUCCUCAUGGGAUUGAAGCAAAGAGGAAGAAGAAGAAGCCCGGCUACAUGGACCACUUCAACCUGACCCCGUCAACAGCUGGCUCCAUGACCCACGUGGAAGAUGGCAGUCUCCUGGCCAGCUUGGAGCACAUCAUGGUACCACAGGCCUUCGAGGACUACGGCCUGCUGCCCGACUUCUCUUCUUACAGCUGCCCCAGCUUGAGCGACGUUCUGCUCCCCGGCACUACAGACUUCUCUGCUCCUGCAGACCCCGAGUUCCUCCUAGACUCUUAUUCCCUCCAGUCCGGCAUCUCUGCCUCUCUCCUGCUCUCUAAGGAGACUGAUCCAGAUGGCAUGGCCAGUUUGGUGGGGAGCAGCUUGUUCCCCAGCCAGUACAAAGAGGCUGAAGCAAAAAUCGAAAAGGAGGCCAAGCUGACGGCGGCAGAUGCCUCAGCAACCCUGUGAAGGUUUGUGGCUUGCUGAAGCCUCGCCAGAAAGAGGCCUAGCUCUCCAUUUCGAACCUUGCCGGCCGCAGGGAGUCCCUCGGUGAAGAGACCGGGGAUGUGUUCCCUGCUGGCGAUCCGAAGGAAAGGAUUUUGAAAAGAAAAUUGCUGUGGUCUGUAGGAGGGAGCCGUGGGGCCUUUCCCUCGAGGAGACAGGCAAAUUACAAAUAGAAGGAAAAAUUGCACUACUAGUUGAGCGGGAGAAGAGAGGAGCACCCUAAGAUUGGACCCAGGGCCACCUCUGUUUGCUCGCCUGGUAUGUCUUCCUCAGUUUUCUCCAUCUGUAAAAUGGGGUUAGGGAAUAUUGCCUUGCUCCUUAUCAAGGUUGGGUGGGAUGCUGGGCAGAAAUGUAGACCUUAUGACCACUCUCGUGACUUCUACGAUAGGAGCAAAGGGUUCUCUCCACCGUAUCCACAUGAAGGCUUAAGCAGCAAUGCUGCUGAAUAUUUUGUAUUUCUGCCCCGGCUCAUCUUUAGAGCCAAGCGCAAAGGUGUGGCCCUGUGCCUUCUGAUUCAUGUUUCGGUUCUAUGAAUUUACUUCCCCUUAGCUUCCUGGAGGCACAAGGGAUACAAGACUGCCUCUGCUAGCUGUUGAUCCUUCUGUACUAGUACCAUCCACUCUGAUCGAAGGCCGGUGCCUCUUUCCAAGUCUUCAUAUCGGAGAUCUUUUUAAUGAGCGAUUGAGCCAGUGCUUGAGGUUUUUAAUCUUCAGUGAAUGUGAUUUUCUGCUCUAGUGCUAACUUUUGCUCCCGUGCUCUGUAUUAAGUCCCAGAAGGGGGCCUCUUGAGAGUGACAGAUUGUACCAUUUUAAAACACUUUGGGCAUGUGUGCUUGGGCAGAUCCCAUGUCACUGGCUCUGCUGUCUUGCGCAAAACAGGAAAAACGGCAUUAUGGGGGAGAAAGAAACGAGACGAUACCAUUUGGGGUGGUAGUGGGGUUACGUAUCCUUUCCCUAGAGGGACUCUGUUGACCCAACAGUCCUGUUUAGGUUACAGUCUGCUCCCAAGUGGCCUGAAGGCUGUGGCUCUCUAAAGUUCAUGGGGGAAAUGGACAUGCCCGUAGGAGAUGAAAUGAAACUUUGUACACAUUUCAAAUGUGAUGAGUUGGACACUGAAUUUAAAUGAGAGCUGCUGUAGCAUAGUAGUUAAGUGGUUGGGCUGUGUGUCAGCACUCUGCUGGUUCGAAUCCUUCUGCUGCCGUGAGCUUAGGUGGCCUUGGGUCAGCCACUCCUUUCAGCCCAGCUCCCCAGCUGCAUCGCGGAGACAGUAAUAACACCAGGGCUUUUUUUCAGCAGGAACGCAGGGGAACAGAGU